AUGGGCAAACUGCAGAAAAUUCUGGUCAUAGGAGCUGGAGAGUUGGGCUACCAGGUCUUGCGUUCCCUGUUCCAUCAUCCUAGCCAAGAGAAGUCCGUGGCUGUCUUACUACGUCCCACCAGUAUUUCAUCGACGAAUCCUUCGAAGCAGAAAGAGAUUGAGGGUUUGCGCAACCUCGGUAUCCAUUUGAUUCCCGGUGAUAUUAUCGAAGACAGUGAGCCCACUCUAACGUCCAUUUUUGAGGACUAUGACACGGUUAUAAGCUGCACCGGAUUCGUAUCUGGUAAAGGAAUCCAACUGAAAGUAGCUCGUUCCAUCCUGACAGCAGCGGUGCCACGAUUUAUUCCAUGGCAGUUUGGAGUGGAUUAUGAUACCAUCGGGCGCGGGUCGCCCCAGGAUCUGUUCGAUGAGCAGCUCGAUGUCCGUGAUCUGCUUCGGUCGCAAACGAAAACCCGUUGGGUAAUUAUCUCUACAGGCAUGUUUACCAGUUUUCUGUUCGAACCAGCUUUUGGCGUGGUGGAUCUGCGCAAUAUGACUGUAUCUGCGCUAGGAGCCUGGGAGAAUCGAGUUACCGUGACAACACCCACAGACAUUGGAAAGUUCACGGCUGAAAUUGUACUUGGAGAUGAAACUGAAGCUCUCUUUACUGAUCGUGUAAUUUUUGUCGGAGGCGACACAGUCAGCUAUGAGCAACUUGCGCUUCUGGUGGAGAAGGUUACUCAAAAGCCUGUGAGGAGAAAUGACCUUGCUGUCGCUGACAUCCAGGCUGCUUUGGUGCAGGAUCCGGACAACGGCCUCCUCAAAUAUCAGGCUGUAUUUGGUCAAGGUCGAGGCGUAGCUUGGAAUCUUUCAGAGACGUGGAAUCACCAGCAAAGAAUUCCCGCCAUUACGGCAGAAGAGUGGGCUCUCGAGAAUUUAGUGUGA